AAAUUGCUCCACAACAAUAUGAUUGAACAUUCCGAAUCGCAGUGGGCAUCUCCGAUCGUGAUCGUGCUCAAGAAAAAUGGAGUGGACAUCAGGAUGUGUAUUGACUAUCGACUUGUGAAUAAUUUCAUCCAGCUGUCUAGCUACCCUCUACCUCUCAUCGACGACCUGCUAGUUGGCUUUGAGAAAGCACUGUGA